GACUUGCGCUUAGCAGACAAUAUUUCUCUUGUGUUCCACAAGGCGUUUCCAAUACUUAGUGAUAUCCUCCAAGGACAUCUUGGCAGUCUUCACUUUAACUUCUUCAUCAUCACCACUAACCGCUGCAGCCGCAGCAAGAUGUGCAAUCCUGCUAGGAAGCCCUUCAAUCUCUUUCAGCACCUGAAUGAUAUGUGUGAUGAGUCUAUCUGCAAGGCCUCGGCUAAAGUCUUCUCUUAUCACAACUCUGAGCACAGCAAUGUGCUGUGCAUCUGCAGGCAUAGUGUAAGCCGGUAUGAUCCACCCGAAUUUUCUCAAAGACUCUGCGAUCUCAAACACCACCUGAACAUUGGCUCCAGUGACAAUGUUAGGCUUAUCAAUAGGUAGACCCUGAGCUUUUCUCCUAUGUUGCCAUUUCCUUUUGAAAGCCAAACCAGCAAGCAUUAUAGCCUCAGAUGAACCAACAGUUCCACACCCAAUAGCAGCCUCGUCUUCUCCAACGGGAGCAUGGAACAAGUUUGCUAUCAUAUUUACACACCGGUUCUGAAAAAUAAGCCAGAUAAAAGAUGUAUGAGUCUAUGACAAAACAGUGGAAAGUAGAUGAGAGAGAGAAUGAGAGGAAAGAAGGAGGAACCUGGAGCUCAGUGGUGA